AUGACCGCAUCGGAAAACGUUCCUCCGAAUGCCCCCAUGCGUCCAUGCUGGAGAUGUCGCAAGUGCCAGGCACUCCAGUCGAGAAUUGAGACAGUUGGAAACGAAUACGAUUCCAUCCGAGAAUAUUUGCUUAAGGAUGCAAAGCGGCAACCGCAGCAAGGGGCAUGUGCGCCCAUAGACGACGAAUUGCGGGAACAGGUUACCCAGCUCCGCAUUACCAUAGACACUAUUGUCAGGAGUCAGCUCUUUGAAAUUCUUGACUCCUAAGUAGUACUUCGUGGAUGAAUCCAGGCAAGGCGGGACGCACGCGCCUUUGUGUCAUGGGCAGGCCUUUAGAUCUCUUCCAUUGUCCCGGGCGACUAGUUUACAUGAAUGUGCCAUCAAAACGUAUUUAUUAGCA